AUGAAUGUUCUCUUACGUUCAAUCAGUAAAGAUGAUAAUGAACAAUUAAAACAAAAACUAAAAUUUAAUCGUUUUUUAUCAUUUAAUGAACAUACAUUAUUAUCUAUUGAAAAUUAUCAUUGUUUAAAUAAAGAAUUUAUAAUAAAAGAAACUAAAAAUAAACUAAACAAAAAUUUUUCUAUUUCAUUUACUUAUCUAUGUAAACAAUGUUUAAAAAUUUUUGCUUGUGAUUACGGACUUAAUUAUCAUAUUAGUAUGUCUCAUCCAAAUCAAUCAAUAAUAUGUUCGGAUUGUAAUAUUAAAUUUCGUACACAUCGUGCACUUAAAAAUCAUCAACAACGUUUACAUUCAAUUUAUUCAAAAGAUGAUUUACCUGAUUAUAGUUAUAUAUCAUCAUAUUUAGUUACGGCUUUUUCAACAAAACAAUUUCCAUUGAUAGCUAAAAAUGCAUGUGAACAAAAACGUUUACCAUUAGGUAAUUUUUCAUCAAAAUUAUUUCAAUGUCAUCAAUGUUUAUUAUCAUUUCCAUGUUCAAAAACAUUAAAAUAUCAUUUAUUAAAUAAACAUGAACAAUAUGAAUAUAAAAUUUGUCAAAAUAUUCUUUAUGAUAUUAUUUUACAAGUUGAACAAAAUUUAACUAUAACAAAUAAUAAUGAUAUUGAAUCAAUAAAAUUUCUAUUAUCAAAACAAGCAUCACAUUUUGGACUUAUUGAUAAACAAUUAGCAAAAAAAAUUCAUUAUAUAAAACAAGAACAAUAUCAACUUGUAUUUCCUACAUGUCAACAUCAAAAUCGAACAUGUGCUAAUUUAUGUUUAAAUCAUCUUUCAUCAUAUAAUCAACUUAUGCAAAAUUAUCCAUAUAAAAUAGCUAAAUUACCAAAAGGUAAUCCAUUUGCACAAGGUUCUAUUUUAUCAAAAACAUUAAAUAAAUCAUCAAUGAAUACUUCAAUAGUAUCGAAAGAAUCUUUAAGUACGAAUCAAAAACGUUUAUCAUUAAAACGAGUUAAAUCAUUAUGUUCGGAUGAUUUAACGUCAUCACCAUUAAAAAAAAAAUUUCUUGCAGUUGUUGAACAACAAUCGAAAACAAAUGAAACAAAAUUUUUUUCUGGUGAACAAUCUUCAUCUACUGUAAUCUCAUCGAAAAAAACCGUAGUUAAAAAUAAUCCGAUUUAUGUGCGUUCGCUCUCUUCUAUGUCGAGUAAUUCAUCAAUAUCAACUCGAGCAUCAUCAAAAAGUUCAAGACAACAACUUGCAACAUCAUUAAAACGUAGUAUAUCACCAACAAUUACCCUAGCAGUUGAACGUUCAGCACAGAAACGUCGUCGACAACGUGAACAAAAAAAAGCAAAAACUUCACCAGCAUCCAGUGUUAUUAUUAAAAUUACUGAUGAUAUUGAACAAGAAAAUGACGAUGACGAUGACGAUGACGAUGAUGAUGAUGAUGAUGAUGAUAAGAAUAAUAAUAUUGUUUCUAGAAAAAGUGAACAACCAAAACAACAACGUCGAAAUAAACAACGACAAGCAUCAAAUAGUUCAGUUGAAUAUGUACAAAUAUUAAAUCAUGAUCAACAAUCAAUACCAUCUUUAAAUAAUAUUGAAAAUUUAAAAGUUACAUCAAAAAUAGAUGAUGAAGAAAUUAUUAUAUGUGAUUCACAACCAUCAAUUAAAAAAACUAUUUCAUCGUCAAAUAAAAAUUAUUCAGAAAAAUCUGUUCAUAGUAACGGUAUAUACAAAAGUCAUGGUGAUCAGUCAUCGGAUUAUGAUGAAAACGUUCGUGUUCGUUGUAAAAUUUGUGGUGAAAUACUUCAGGGACGAAGUCGUUUUUCAAACCAUGUGUUAACAAUGCAUUCACAUCUCGUAAAAAACAAUAUAUCCAAUAUAAAACAACAGCCAACUACGACAGUUCGAUGA